GUCCGGUGGCGGGAGGCGCGCGGAAGAAGGCUUGAUUUCCGGCGCGCGGGUGACGUCACGUGAGCGGGAAUGGCCACGGCAAGCGCUGCGGCGGCCGAGCAGGCGGCGGAGGCGCGGAGCAUGGAGCUGGAGGCGGUGGGGAACCGCUGGACCGUCCUCUUCUACGCCCACCAGGCCUUGCGGGCCUUCCGGGCCGGGAACAGCCAGGACUUCCGGCAGCUGCGCGACGUCCUCACCGCCGUGUUGGCGCGGCCGGUGGCCCUGGAGGAGCCGAUCCGGAUCCAGCUGCGGAUUAUCCAGAUCCUGUCCAGGCUGGAGGAAGAUUGGACCAUUGAUUCAGAAACUGAGCUCACGCCUCUUGAAAAUGGGCUUGCCCUUCUGGAGAAGCUCAGAGAGGAAUGCCAUAUCAAUGUGGAAAUAAUGGAGGAAUUAAAGAAAAGAAUAAAGGAGGCUGCUGUUAUCACCUGUAUUAAGAACAAAGAAUAUGAACAUGCCAACAAAAUCUUAAAGAAGUACCUGUCACAGGAUCCAAGCAGCAAGCAAAUUAAGGCUAUUUUGCAUCACAUCAUCCAAGAGAAAAACUCUUCUCAUCCAGCCAUCUGUCAGUUCUCCUACAAAGCUUUCCAGCAGCGGAUUCUUCUCUUCUUUGAACCUUACUUGGAUGAUUGUGAGCCAUUUCUCUUAGUGAUGGCAAAAAAGUAUUGCGAUGAUCAUGUGGAGUCCAAGGAGAGUCCAGCAGCAGCUAGCAGGGAUAGAACGGCUGUUUUGGGGGCUGCACAAGAGGCCCCCGAGACCUCGAGGACAGCAAAUGGAGAGAGAGUAGGAAAACUCAGCGAGGCCCCAGAGGCAGGAGGAAGGCCGGAGUCUGGAGCAGGAACCGGAGAAACAGCAGCAAAAUCUUUGCCAGCACUGGAUGAACGUGAAGUAUUGGGCUGCGCGGAGGCUGCCGAUGAGCCCACCAAAGCAUCCAUACAGGUGGAUGGAGCGACAGGGAUAGCAGAGCCCGCUGCCAUGGCCCCCGUGUCUGGGGCUUCCGACGACUCAAUGCAGGCCUCAAGCCAGAAGCCAGCUUUCUACGUGCUUUCUGUGCUGAGAGAAGCCUUCAAGAUUCUUUCUGAUGCCCCAGACCCUGAGGAGGCCUUCUUGCAACUGGACAAGACUGACUGGACUUAUUCCAAGCCACUCUCUCCUUCCGGCUCCCCCAGAGCUAAACGCCAGAAUAUGGAAAACGUCACUGUCCCUGCUCUUCUCGACCUGGAGAAGAUCAGAUCUGUGCCCUCUAUAAGCAACAUGCUCUUGUGGAAAGAGGGGGAACAUCGCAGGCAUUCCCCUACCAGGCAGUUGGUUGCAAAGCCACUUGUGACUCUGGAGGUCCAGUCAUCAGAGUGUGAAGAGAGCCACCCAAGUGCACCACCCCCAGGUUCCAGAUCUCCUCGGGCAUUUUCACGGUUUGGCCAUAGCCACUUCCCUAAAGGGGAAGGGAUGUGCCCCAGCAGGGAUGUGCCCCUCUGGGUGGGCAUCAGGAUGAUUGAAGGAAGUCAUUUUUGAACUCCUAUUGCGAUUUGGGGUAAGAACAACGUCCCCUGGAUGCUUGCCGAUGUGUGCCUCUGUGGCUGAAAGUGUCUGAUGCUGUCAGAGCCCAGGAGGGGCUCACGUGUAAUCGGGCUUUCUUUUCUGCUUUAGGGGGGCCAAACAAGCAGUUCUUUCCGUUCUUCAGGAAGAGAAAGAAUCCUGGAGUGAUGAGGACGAGAUCUUCAUGGACCAGCGUGAGUGCAUUAUUGAUGUAUUUGCCCUAAACUCUGCCAGUAAGCCUGAAGGGAAUGUUUA